UUUUGGAUACAGCUGAAACCAUCUUUCUUCUCUUCUUUCAAUUAAUCAUAUUGCAUUUCCUGUAGCAGACAUGGAACAAUUGGUGCCAGGUAUGGGAGGAAGCAUGGUAUUGCUUGUUUAAGGAAUCUUCUUAUAAAUCCUAGAUGACCAUUGUAUUGAGACUUAAGACAUACAGCAUGCAACUUACACUUUUUAAGGCAGGAAAAGAAGCUUUAAGCAGGAAGGGUGGGGGGGGGGGGGAUAGUAAAGAGGAGCAUACAGCCUGGAUGGUCAUAGAGAGCUGCUCUGAGAAAAAGAAAUGUUAGUAUAGUUACUGCCAUUUUUGUGAGAACAAAACAAGGCAACUGGUUGCUCACACCAAAAAUUGUGUUGUGGUGUGGGGGGAUUUUAGGACUGGCUGUACGACUUAUCAGUUUGCUUUAUAAGAUGCAGUUCAUUCUAGUUACAAGUGCAGGCUGAGCUGCAGUUCUCUUAAGGUCCUGACUAGUGAUGAGUAAAUCUCCAUUGACCGUCCAGUAAGAGAAUCAGCCCCAUUCGUAGUGAAUCUGAAAGCCAGCAAAUCGAUUUUCUCAUUUUAAAUAGAUGAGCAUAUUUAGAGGCUGCCUUCUGCAUCGAUUCUACAAGAUGAGAAUCAGCCAGAUUUGUUGAAAAUCUCAAACCUGUCAAAUCAGUCCUUAUAUGUGCAGUCCUGUCACCUGCCUGUCUAUGGUGGUUCUGUUUAAAACUGUACAUAUGUAUUAUGAAAGAGCAAUGAUCACCCGGGAUACCCCACACACCCACAAAAAAAUGCUUGGGCUUCCCAAUGCUCGCUCACGUCAUAAACCCAAGUGCUCCCCCUUCGCUUUCAUCUGCUCUCCUUUUUCCAGCUUGUUUUCACGAUGCUAAGGGAAAGAAAGAUAGAUCUAGACACAAACAAAAAGAUAGGUUCAAUUGGAGAAAUAUAAAAGGAAAGAUAAUGAGGUGUAAGUAAUCUGGGAAAUGAGAUUGUUAGAUGUGAUGUGAAGCUUUUCUACUCACAAUAGAAAGGAGGGAGAAAAAAGUGAGGAGGCAUCGGAGAGACAGGUGAAGACAGGGAGACAUAGCGGUAGAAACGGUGUGAAGAUGCUUGACUAUGAUCGACUCUCCCAAUUAUCUGCUGUCAGCAAGGGAGGGGGGCAAUAGGGGCGAAAAAGAGAAGCCAACAAACAGGUAAAGCCAUAGAAGAGGUUGAAAGAGAAUAAAUAGGAGGUAGACAAUUGAAGCAGUGGUGUGAAGAUUGUUGGAUUUGUGUCAAAUUUCCAAUGAUCUGUUGCCUACGACUGGGGGAAGGAGGAGGAGGAUAGAGGGGUGAGGAAAAGAAAAAGAUAGAGAGGGGGGAGACGAAAAGAGAGGGCGAGUGAGAAAGACCUCAGCAGGCAAUGUUGGACAGAGAGGCUGCAGAUUCCUAGCUGGCUCCAUUGAGCAUACUGAGAAGCAGAUCUGCAUGUUGAAGCAACCCAUUGAAAACACAGAGCAGCUCACAGCACACUGCACAUUGCACAUUCCCAGCACGUCCCUAGCUCAUUUUUUUUUCUUUUUGCCUCAGACUCAGUAGGAGCAGAUAGGAAGAGAAAGACAGAGAGGGAGAACCACCAAUCCUUAAACUCAGCCUGGAUAUGUUAAAAUUCAUCUGCAAACUGCUUUUCUUACAGAUCAAAAAAAUGAAACCUUCUCCAGCAGAAACUCGUCUAAAUGGACGUAUGUUGUGGAUAAUUCUUUUAAGCACAAUUGCUCUUGCAUGGACUACACCAAUUCCCUUGAUCGAGGAUUCAGAGGAAAUAGACGAACCAUGCUUUGAUCCUUGCUACUGUGAAGUGAAGGAGAGCCUCUUCCACAUUUAUUGCGAAAAUAAAGGAUUUACAAAUAUUAGCCAGAUUUCGGAAUCCUGGUCUCGACCCUUUAAACUGUACCUUCAGAGAAAUUUGAUGAGAAAAUUAUACACCAAUAGUUUUCUCCAUUUGAACAAUGCUGUGUCUAUUAAUCUCGGGAACAAUGCAUUGCAGGACAUUCAGGCAGGAGCCUUUAAUGGGUUGAAAGUUCUGAAGAGGCUGUACUUGCAUGAGAACAAACUUGACAUUUUUAGAAAUGACACUUUUAUGGGGCUGGAAAGCUUGGAGUAUCUACAAGCAGACUAUAACGUCAUAAAGAGGAUUGAGAGCGGGGCCUUUAGAAACUUAAAUAAGCUGAGGGUACUCAUUCUCAACGACAACCAUAUCCCCUUGCUUCCAACAAAUUUAUUCAAGUCUGUGUCUUUAACACAUUUGGACUUGCGUGGAAACCGAUUAAAGAUCCUGUCUUACAGAGGUAUGUUGGAUCACAUAGGCAGAAGCAUAAUGGAAAUCCAGCUAGCAGAAAAUCCAUGGAACUGUACUUGUGAGAUUGUACAGUUGAAAAGCUGGCUGGAACGUAUUCCUUAUACUGUGCUGGUUGGGGACAUUACAUGUGAAAGCCCCUUUCACUUUCAUGGCAAAGAUCUAAGGGAUAUAAAGGGAGGUAAACUUUGCCCCUUGUUAUCAGAAAGUGAGGUGGAGGCAAGCCUAGGUAUACCCCAACUACCUUCAAGCAGAGAAAAUACAUGGCCUACUAAGCCAUCCUCUAUGUUGUCAUCCUUUCAUGUCACUGCUUCUUCUGUGGAGUACAAGACAUCAAAUAAACAGCCCACUACAACCAAGCAGCCAAGAGCUCCAAAGCCACCACCGACACCAAGAGGCCUUUAUCCAGGCCCAAAUCAGCCUCCAAUAGCUGGCUACCAGACUAGACCACCAAUACCAAUAAUCUGUCCUACUGGUUGUUCAUGCAGUUUGCAUAUCAAUGAUUUGGGAUUGACUGUAAACUGUAAAGAGAAGGGAAUCCACAAUAUUUCAGAACUGCUGCCUAGACCUCUCAAUGCUAAGAAGCUUUAUUUGAGUGGUAACUUAAUCCAGAAAAUCUACAGGUCUGAUUUUUGGAAUUUUUCUUCUUUGGAUUUAUUGCACCUUGGAAACAAUCGAAUAUCUUAUGUCCAGGAAGGAGCCUUUAUCAAUCUUCCUAAUUUGAAAAGCUUGUAUUUGAACGGGAAUGAUAUUGAAAGGCUGACGCCUGGCAUGUUCAGGGGUUUACAGAGUUUGAAUUAUUUAUAUUUUGAGUAUAAUAUGAUAAGGGAGAUCCAGCCUGCUGCUUUCAGUCUAAUGCCAAAUCUGAAGUUGCUAUUUCUCAAUGACAAUCUGCUGAGAACACUCCCAACCGAUGCUUUUGCAGGCACUUCACUGGCAAGGCUAAACCUUAGAAAUAACCACUUUCUUUAUCUUCCCGUGGCUGGAGUUCUGGAGCACCUUAAUGCCAUUGUGCAAAUUGAUCUAAAGCAGAACCCGUGGGAUUGUUCCUGUGACAUUGUCCCUCUAAAACAGUGGAUAGACACCAUCAGCUCUGUCAUUGUGGUUGGUGAGGUGUUGUGUACAAGCCCUGAAAAUCUAACAAGCAAGGAUCUAAAGUCAAUUGAAAUGGAAGUGUUAUGUCCAGAGAUGCUGCAUGCUACCGUUUCUUCUGCUUUACCUGGAAACAUGGUGCCCACCACUUCUUCGGUGCUCGAUUACAACACGCCCGGGGGUGCCAUUCCACUGUCAGUCCUCAUUCUCAGUCUACUAAUACUCUUCUUCUCAGCUGUAUUUGUGGCUGCAGGCCUUUUUGCUUUUGUGCUGAGAAGGCGCAAGAAACUGCCUUUUCGAAAAAGACAAGAGGUUGAUUUGACUGGCAUUCAAAUGCAGUGUAGAAUAUUUGAGGAUAGGCCAAACAACUCCCCUGAGAAGGCUCCUGGCCAUGUGUAUGACUACAUCCCACAUCCAGUAACCCAAAUGUGCAACAAUCCCAUCUACAAACCAAGAGAGGAAGAGAUGGGGGACGAAUUUUCAGAAACAAAAGAAAAUAACACAAAUUAUAGGACCUUAAUAGAGAAAGAGAAAGAAUGGACCAUGGCAGUGUCAAAUUCUCAGCUUAACACUAUAGUUACUGUCAAUCAAAGUGGGGAAGUACCAAGUUUUCAUGAAAAUGGGGUAAUCUUCCCAGGCAUAAUUGACCGAGAACGGCCAGCUCCCACAGUGGGGUUUGUGGACUGCAUUUAUGGCACAGUACCCAAAUUAAAGGAGUUACACGUACACCCGCCUGGCAUGCAAUACCCUGAUUUACAGCAGGAUGCCAGAUUAAAAGAAACCCUACUUUUCUCAGCCGGAAAGGGGUUUUCAGACCAAACCCAAAGUGAAUACCUCGAGUUAAGGGCCAAACUCCAAACCAAGCCGGAUUACCUCGAAGUCCUGGAAAAAAACACCUAUAGAUUCUAAUAUUGCAUAAUUUCAUAGCGCCCCAAAAAAACGCAUGAUUCAAGAGGAUACCGUUAUGCUCCCCAAAUUGUUUUGGAGGAAGGGCCAUACUCUAAUCAUAAGUAAUUGAAGUGCCUUCGCAGACUUUUGCCAGCAAUGUUAUCAAUCAUUAUUUUUUAUAUAGGAAUCUAAGAAACUUGACUGUGCCAUGUAAGGUAUAGGGAUGUUUGUACUGAUCCUGAUAAAUAAUUCCACGUGUCCUUUUUUGGCAGUAAUUUAAACCUAUUCAAUUGAGGGUUUUGGGAAGGGGGGGUGGGGAUAAGAUGGUUUUGUGGCUUCCUUAUACAAAGAAAAGCCCAUGGCACAGUUCCUGUAAAUUGAUGCAGUUUGCUGCAUGCCUGAAGAAAAAAAAACAAAAAACUGCAAAGGGGUUAAUGCUCGAAUGUUCUCAUUCGAAACACUAAUGCUCAUCCGUUUUCUUUUACCUACAAUUCAACAUCCAAAAACCUGGAUUCACUGCAAAGCAUCAUGGUUUAAUGUAUAUUUGAUUUAUUUUGUUUUGCAAUGCCGAAAAGUAAUGUACAUGAGACAGCUAGGGAUCAACAUCUUUGUGAAUUCAUGAUGAUGCCAGGAAUUUUUUUUCUGCAGCUCUCUGCAAGUUAUUUAGCAAUGCUACUGGGUACGUAUCACUAACAGCUUUGUAGGAAGCACUUUUAAUGUCUUCUCCCCCCCCCCCCCCCUUACUCUUUAGCCUAUCCCAUACACAAAGAUUUUACAAAAUGUGCAUAUAUUUAUUCUGUAAUUUCAGUGAAUAUUAAUUGUAAAGGUAAUGUUUAAUCAAUGUAUAGUGAUUAUGCGUCUGGUAUAGCUUUCCUAAUAAAAAAAAAUAAUUUAAAACAGUACAUACAUAUACCAAUAUAUACAGAGAAAAGGCUUUAUGAUCGAACUUAGCUAUGCCCAGCCUAAUUUAUGUCCAUCUGUCCGAGAUGUUACCAUGCUGACUAACAUUGAUCGCUAUUUCAUGGCAAGCAGUGCAUGAUAUAGAGGUAAAGGCAUUGAGAAGCAGACACCUGCUUUAAUGCAGUUUAGUUAUUCUGGAAAUCCUCAGCACUUUAGUGUCUUCUGCUGAUUCCUCAGUAGUAAAGGAUAAAUAAUUAACAAUCCUCUGGAUAACAUUAGAUUCAAUUCCAGGAGAUUUGGAAGUAAAAUAUUACUUACCAGGGUAGAACCAUUUAAUUUUUGUGCCUACUUUGAAAAAUGACUGCCCUGCUAUACUCCCUGUAGUCCAUUAUCUGGGGAUCACUACAGUGCAUUCAGAGCUAUUCUGGAGGAAGACAGUGUCCACAAUAUCUUUUAGGUUGUAUUUGUUCCUUAUAUAGCACAUGCAAAUUUUACCUAAUGUAUAGGAUAUAAAGUAAUACAAAUAUAUUUAAAUAUAGAUUAAAAAAAGGGCCAUAAAACCCUGAAACCGAACCCAAAGAAAAUCUCAUUUCAGAACCAGUUUGUGUUUCCAAGCUUCUAGCUGGAGAGUACAAAUAAAAAUGCAUUUAUUUCUAUGAACAGCAGGGGGAGCUUUAGUCUAACUAUUGUAGAUUGUGAGCCGGCACUUGGUUCUUGGCUUUAGAGCUGUGUAUUAUUCCUGUAUUGCAGCCAUUCCUGAAUCUGUUCUCCUCUGCUUCAUUUCCUGUCUAAUUUAAGUCUCUAAUGAAAUCAUUACUGUACAUUGAAUGUAAAACUGUCAGAUGUCACUAAUGCCUUACAUAAAUAUGGGAAAAAUUACCAGGGAAUGUGAAGAAAAACAUAGGUUGUCACAUAAUUUAGUUUUGCUGCAUAGUCAUCCGCCCUGUGAUUCCCAUAAUAUACUGCUAUAUGUUGUGAUGAGCUAAUAGGCUGCACAUAUGCACAUGUUUAUGUACUGUAUGUAUCUGUAUAUAUGGCACAUGUUUUGCUUCAUUGGUUCUUAGGUUAUCUUUAUAUCUGAUCAUGACUUCUUGCUCUUGAUAGUUUGAAAAGUAAACAACAACAUCAUCAUGAAUCAUCAUCAUUAUCAACAUUAUUAUCAUUUGGUAAUGUCAAUGACAUCAUCACUGGGGGUUUAUGGUAGUGGUAUACGGUGGCAGUAUAUAGGGGAGUCAUCACUAAAUGCACAUGCUGUAUUGAAAGUUAAUAUCUGCUCAGUCAGUUGACUUGGUAACCAUGAGAGUAAUAUAGCGUGCCACUAUAGGGCAGUAUGAUGGAGUUGGCAUAGGUCAGGAACUCAGGAUCAACAUUUAGUACUAUUUUUAUAAUUCUUGAGGAUUUUCCUGGGAGUUAUAGUCCAGCUAUAAUAUCAAUUUAUGGCUCUAAAGUUGAACACCAUGGAUGGUUUAGUUUAUGGACAACUGAGGUCCGGGCAGUUGCCCAUCCAUUUUGGUGCACAUUUUAUUUUAAAGCAUUUGCCUUCUGCUUAACAAUUCCAUAAAUUAAUUUUAUUUUAAUAAAUUUCCUCCCCAUGGCUGGAAUUCAUUCGCUUGGCAUUACAUUGGUUAUGUUGGAAAAGGUCCACUAUUCACUGUAUAGUGCUUAUGACUGCAUUAAACACUUCUAUAAAUCGGCAGCAUGAGCAUAUUUCUGGAAAACAAAAUCAAAAUGCAAGGUCAAACGCUCCUUGUAACAACAGAAAUCCAUGAAUUCCAUGCAUGCAUUACUUCACUGUAUUUCUUUUCAUAUUACACUUUUAUGUGCAAUCCCUAGUGUUACUGGUGCUGUAAACAUUUGAAACCGAGUGCUCAUAAUUCAUAAAGUAUAAUACAAAGUUAUGUUUAUAUAUUUUGUUAAGAAAACAAACAAACAAGAAAACAAAACAAAUACAAAAAAAAGAAGAAAAAAAAAGAAAAAUAUAUGAAAACACCCCUUCCCCCACAGACAACAAAAACAAACAAAAAUACAAAAAAAUAAAUAAAAAAAAUAAGAGAGAGAAAAAACAAGACAGUCUUUAUUGGAUAAAGGGACUCUUUCCAGCCCUGGAUGGUGCGGAAUUCUAUUUAUUCAGUGAAAAUAAAUUUAUUCUUUUGAGAAUGGAAAUUUUAUAUUAAAGGAGAUACUUUUUGGCUUAAAUUUUGUUUUAUUUUCUUAUGUAGGAAACUAUUUCUUUGUGCUGCAGACCCGAUGCUGCUUUCGUGGCUUCUGUAUGUGUGCGGUGUGUGUGGGGGGAGGCCAGGGCAUUGAUGUGCUGAGAUUUUCUUUUUUGUCUGUUGCAGACAGUUAUUGUGCAACAUUUUGGGAUUGCUCUGACUGUGAGCUAUGGUGGCAGACAGAGGAAUCACUGUCUUAUUUAUCUCAACUCUGAAGAGUUCACAUUUUCUACUGAUCAAUAAUGAAUGCACAAGCCUUAUCUUUUUACACUGAUAUGACUAGCACCAGUCAUGAUAAAUGACAAUAUUAAUACCGAAUCCUGGCAUCGUAUUGCACAAAUGCUGACAUGUAGAUUGAUAUGUCAAAGCAGAGAUUUCCCAAUACACUUGUUAUAAAGGUACCGCCAUUGAUCUGAAUUUUGUUAUGGUUCCCGUGAUUUAUUUGCCCAUAAUGAUGAACAGUUCACAAGACUAUCUUUUCCUCAUCAACAAGUCCUACCUAUUAAUAAACCUAGAAAUUAAUUCACGUUCCCACUGGUUUAAUAACUUGCUGCUGUGGUUUUCUCAUUCGGUCUGGUUGCAAUUGUCAUUGAUGAAAAUUUACAUAAAUCUUUACUCCUGUGUAACUAACAAUCUGUUCUUGGCUAAAAGGGGAAUUUGUCUUUUAGUUAUCAUCAGCUGUCAUGGCAAGGGUCCAGAAGCCGACACUAAUUCCCUAAAGGAAGGUCUACAGACCUUGUUAAAACACCUGAACCCCUGUGAUGUUUGAGAUAUCCACAACAUGGAAUUUGCAGCACAGAUCUUCUUUGGAAGUCAAUUGUGUUGUAUCAUGUGAUUGAUAUCAGUAAAGUUCAUUGAGCUUCCAGGGCUGUGUAGGAACAUUUCGGAGGUUCAGAUGUCUUACUAAGAACUGUGGAUCCGUCCAUGGACCACCAUUGAUUUUAUUGGACUUGUUUCUAUGACAGCUCAGUAAUAACUAAAUGUAGCAUUUCCUCUUUUUUAACACCAUUUCACAGGACAUUUUAUAAUCAGGAAUUUCCCCUUAUACUUUCCUUGCAUUUUCAUAAAUGGUGGUAAAAGUUUACAUUUGUCCCAUUUAUAUUUGUGGGAUAUCAAUGCACUAUGCAGUUCCGGUACUGAGUUGUGUUAGAGACAGAUUUAUGUGCAUGCUUCUCUCAUUCAUAUCAUAAUGCCUUACAACUUUUGGUUCACUGCUUGUCGAUCAAAGUCAAUGCUACCAGCUGGUUGGUUAAUGUAUUAUAUUAUUUAUAUAUCCAUACCGGGCAAGGAUUAGCAUUGCAUUUGUAAAUUGCAUUUUGGAGAAAGUACUUGGGUAUUUUCUUGACAACUAUAAAUAUUGUUCUAUUCCCCACUGUGUCUGACAUGCAAUCGAGGAACGUAAUUGUUUAUCAUAAAUACUUGGUCAUAUGCCUCUUGAACUUGUCAUACAUGUAUUAAUAAAUCCUGCAAUGAGGUUUUGUUACUUGCAUAAAGUGUAAAAAUAUAUUUAUACAAGAAAAGGUCAAUGGAAUAUCCAGGAGAACAAAUAAACAUUUUAAUUAUUGACAA